AGCUCCUGUACAGUGCUUUGUAUGGCUCUACAUAGAAGAGCCAUACAAAGCAGUGUGCUUACAGUGAAAACACACACACAGCCCACAGUUAACCCUUUGAUCGCCCCACAUGUUAACCCCUUCCAUCCCAGUGCCAUUAGUACAGUGUCAGUGCUUUUUGUAGCACUGAUCACUGUAUUGGUGUCACUGUGGAUGUCAGUAACACCAAGUCAGUUCCCCCCAGUGUCAGAAUGCUUGCCGCAGUCCCGCUAUAAGUCACUGAUAGCCCCCAUUACUAGUAAAGAAAAUAGUAAAAAACUAAUUCCAGCAUAUAUACCGCCAUUUGUAAACGCUAUAACUUUCACAUAAACCAAUUAAUUUA